CAGAGGUGUUCAGCGCACUUGAAGGCAAACAUCGGCGCACCGAGCUCAGUUAUAAAUUUAAUAAAACUCUAUUGAAUUAUCGAAUACGCAACGAUCGUGAUGCAGCAUUUCCAGGAAUAUAUUAUGUAUUAUUUGCAUUAGGACCGAGUGCAGUCGCAUUUGCUUUUAACUAUGGGUCGUGCUUAUUACAAGUUUUUGCUAAAUUUAUGUAAUUUUUUCUUUUUGAUAUGUGGCUUGCUACUAAUUGCUUCGGGCUGCUACCUGUAUGCCGACGGUAAGAGGGUUCUGCUAUCCAGACUUUUUGUGGCCUCCAGUGAUCGGCUGAACUCGCUCCAACAGCCCCUGCUCCACUACAUUGCCCUGGGAGUCGCCUCCGCGGGGUUAAUAGCUGUACUGGCCGCUGUCGUGGGCUGCUGGGCCAAUUGCCUGCACACCUAUCUUUUCCAUUGCAUUUACUUUUUGAGCGUGGUGGUUCUGCUUCUGACCGAGUCGGUAGUGUGCCUUGCCAUUACCCUUUGGCCCCACUGCUUGGGCAUUAGCUUGGACGAGAGUCAAAUGGUGAGAGCCUUGCAAGAGCACUAUGGAGUACCUGGGCAGGAACAAUUCACAAACGCUAUGGACUUGGCGCAGGCUCGCUUUGGGUGCUGUGGUAUGAAGAGCUCCCUGGACUACGAUACGUCCCUUUGGCGUCUUCAGAAUUUUGGCCAGAGGAAUUGGCCUGUACCGCUCAGCUGCUGUGUCUUGGAAAAUGCACCGAACCCGUUGGCGUACCUGGAUCCCAAGCCAGUAAACUCUUCUGUUUGCCAGUCCCUUGAGCGUUUGAGUUAUGAAAGGGAGAGAUUUACGGAGUCCUGUCUUCCUCAUCUCGACGAUUGGUACCGGGAACACUACAGUGUUUUUCUCGGGGCCAGCCUGGUGCUAGCUCUGGUGGAGUUUUGCGUGCUACUUGGCAUCAUUAUGAGUUGCGCCGGCCUGGCAUCCGAAAGGGCUGUGCUGAAAGGCUGCAAAGAGGGACUGCCAGAUCGAAAGCGACGCGUAAAAGUUGUCCAGUCGAGUCUGGCAUUAAUCGAAAACAUAUACGAGCCUGAGGUUGAACUUCGGCCCAAAGCUAGACACAGUACUGAAGCAGCUGGACCUAGUAGACAUGUGAGCAGCGAGGACUUCAGCGAAUAUUAUUCAAAGCGACAACACCCGUGACAACAUCGGUAAUACCAGAGGUAUAUCCAUACAUAUAUGCAUAUUUUUAUUGAA